AUGGAGCGUUCCUAUCGUGCCAAUGAUCCUAUAUGACUAACUGAAGAAACCAGGCAAAAACUCUUCAGUAAGAAUAGCGUAUUCCAAACAAUUACAAGAGAUUUUCCAGUUUCACUUGGGAAAGAAAUUUCCAAAAACGAAAGAGAUAGCAAUGACCUAUUAAGCACCCUUACAUACGGUGAGCUAGAGUUCAUUUCAAUUGGAGAAAUAUUUGAAACCAUCAAAGAAAGGUACGGAGGAAUCAAGCCUGGCGGAAUUUUCUAUGACUUAGGAUCAGGCACAGGCAAAGGUGUCAUUGCAGGUGCUCUUCUACAUAAUUUUGACAAAUGCAUCGGUAUUGAAAUUCUUGAAGGCCUUUAUGUUUUAGUUUAAGUUUAACGAAUUACUCUGGUAUAUUGCCUUCAGUCUUCUUUCACUUGAGGGUCCAGCUGCAUUAGCAGCUCUGAGUAACGGUAGAUGGACCUGCCUAACAGUCAAAUCGUUAAAGUUAAUAAGCCCGCUAAGACUUCUCUAGUCAGUGCCAGCCUCAGCAUCGGCUCUUCUCUUCAAGCUGAGACUCUCAAGAAGCUUAGCUUCUAUCACUAAGCUCAGAUGAUAGGACCCGGACCUGCUUAGCAGGAGUUAGGACCUAUCCCUACUGACAUUUUUAAUAUUGUGAGGCCUUUAUAACGUUUCUUUACAACUGAAAAGAGUUUACGAAGAAACUUUCCCAAGUGAAAUCAGCACAAGGCCUGAUUUAUGAGAUUCAAAAAUCCCCGAAAUUGAAUUUACUCGGAGCGAUAUGUUUACAAGAGGAUGGGCUGAUGCUGACUUUAUUUUUGCAAAUUCCACUUGUUUUGGUUGCUGUCUUUAUUUAAAAAAUAUUAAAUAUUAUUUUUAGAUAAAAAUUAAGAAAAAAUAGAGUUUUGAUUCAAGCAUGAUGCUGAGAAUUGCAGAAAGUGAGGUAAAAGAAGGGACAUGGGCCAUAACGCUGACGAAGAGUCUGCCUUCAAGUAAAUGGAAAAUACAUGAGAGUAUAAAAAAGCUUAUGAGCUGGGGAGAAGCUACUGUAUACAUACAGCAAAGAGUAAAUAACAGUGGGGCAGAGUUAGGGUUAGAUCAACUUGAAAUUUAA